AACAACCACAAUUCCCGUUUCAGCUCCUCUGACACAUUCAGUCAUACCAACUGAGCUCAUGACGUAUAUCAAACAUCCCGCCGCUGCUUGACUUGUAAUCUGACUUAAAAUUUCGUUCUUGUGUUUAAACCUACAUUGUUGAAGACUCAGGACAUCAUCGCUAUGGAGAAGCUCUUUGACAAGGUCAAAGAAAAGGUGAAGGAAGGUGUCGAGGAGCUAUUUGAUGGUCUGGGGGAAUCCCAUCACGACCAGGGGCAGCAAGUGAAAGUAGACAGCGGGAAUCGCUAUUCUUCCUUUGCUCCUCAGUCAUCAGGCCAUGCCAAGUGGUAUGUCGACGGGGCCUCGUAUUUCUGGGCCGUUUCCAUGGCCCUCGAGGAGGCCCGGGAAAGCAUCUACAUCCUGGACUGGUGGCUGAGCCCCGAGCUCCACCUCCGCCGUCCGGCUGCUCACAAUGAGCAAUACCGCCUUGACAACAUGCUUCGGGCGGCCGCCGAGCGGGGGGUGAAGGUUAAUGUCAUCGUCUAUAAGGAGGUGCCGCAGGCUUUGACCUUGAACUCCGAGCAUACUAAACAUGCUCUAGAAGGCCUACAUCCCAACGUCAAGGUCUUCAGACACCCCGACCAUCAUCCAAGCGGAUAUGAUGUGAAAGCGGAGCUCGAGUCUAGCUUCCAAAACCUCUCCUUGAGAACCUUUGACCUCGCCAAGUUCUCUGGAGACGCCCUGAAGGCGCUGUACGGGACCAGCGACGACAUGGUCCUUUUCUGGGCCCACCACGAGAAGCUCUGUAUCAUUGAUGACAAGAUCGCUUUCAUGGGUGGCCUUGACAUGUGCUUCGGCCGAUGGGAUACAAAUAGCCACCCUAUUGCCGAUGUUCAUCCCGGAAACCUGGACGCCAUCAUCUUCCCGGGACAGGACUACAACAAUGCCCGAAUCUACGACUUUGAGGAUGUCACGAAGUGGGAGAUUAAUAAGCUUGACCGCACCAAGAGUUCGAGAAUGGGAUGGUCAGACAUCAGCAUCAGCUUGUCAGGUCCCAUCGUCGACAGCCUGAUCCUGCAUUUUACGGAUAGAUGGAACUACAUCUUUAACCAGAAAUACCUGGCAAAAGACCCCAAAAAGUACCAGCUAAUCCAGCCAAGAGUAGCCCACUCCCCGCCACGUGAAGGAUUGCUUCCUGAAGGUGAGCGGUUCUUUGGCGGCUUACACCAGCACUUCCAUCAUGGCAUCCACCGGAUGAUGCAGCGGGAUGGGUCUAGGGGUGGACACGAUCGACAAGGAGGCGAGGCCCAUAUUCAGCUUACACGAAGCGCCUGUCCCUGGUCUGCUGGCCAUCCCAAGGAGCACUCCAUCGCCAAUGCCUACAUCGCGGCCAUCACCAAUGCGAAGCAUUUCGUCUACAUCGAGAACCAGUUCUUCAUCACCGCCACGUCCGACAAGCAGCGCCCAGUAGCCAAUAAGAUCGGUCGCGCCAUCGUCGACCGGAUUGUGCGCGCCCACCAGGCUGGCGAGACGUUCCACAUCUUCGUCCUCAUGCCGGCGGUGCCCGCCUUCGCCGGAGAUCUCAAGUCCGACGGGGCGCUCGGCACGCGCGCCAUCAUGGAGUUCCAGUACAACAGCAUCAACCGCGGCGGGCACAGCAUCAUGGAGGCGCUGCGGCAGGAAGGAGUCGACGACCCGAGCCGGUACCUCAGCUUCUACAACCUGCGCAACUUCGACCGCAUCAACGUGUCGUCGACGCUGGGCGAGGCCGAGCGCGAGAGCGGCGUCAGCUACGAGGCGGCGCGCCGCGAGUUCGACAACCGGGUCGAGCGCGGGGGCGACGGGUACGAGCCCUACGGCGACCUCGGGCGCGGCGACAGCCAGUACCGGCGGUACCAGGAGGCGGCGGCCCAGACCGAGGACAAGAGCUGGGACAGCGUGGCGGCCUGCUACAUGGCCGCGGGGCCGGACCUGCACUCGGUGCCGUGGACGGGGACGCCUGAGUCGGAGAUGGACGCGUUCGUGUCGGAGGAGCUGUACAUCCACAGCAAGGUGCUCGUGGCCGACGACCACGUCGUCAUCUGCGGCAGCGCCAACCUCAACGACCGCAGCCAGCUGGGCGACCACGACUCUGAGAUCGCCGUCGUGAUCGAGGACCCCACGCCGGUCGAGUCGACCAUGGCCGGCCGGCCCUACACGGCGUCCGCCUUCGCCGCCUCGCUGCGCCGCCAGCUCUUCCGCAAGCACCUCGGCCUGCUGCCGCACCAGCCGCCCGACCGCCCGGACCCCAACUGGACCCCCGUCGACCGCGACCACCCCAACCGCUACGACUGGGGCUCCGCCGCCGACGCCCUGGUCCGCGACCCGCUGUCGCCGGGGUUCCUGGACCUGUGGCGGGCCACGGCGCGGCGCAACACCGAGGUGUACGACAGGGCCUUCCACGCCGUGCCCAGCGACCGCGUGCGCUCCUGGGCCGACUACGACGACUUCUUCUCGCGCCGCUUCGUCCAGCCCGGGUCCCAGCCCCAGCCGGGAAGGGUCGACUACGGCCACAUCGUCCGCGAUGAGUUCCCCGCGGGGGUUCGCGAGGUCAAGGAUUGGCUCAGCCGCGUGCGCGGGACGUUGGUCGAAAUGCCGCUCGAGUUCCUCGCCGACGUCGAUGACUUGGCUAAGGAGGGCUUGUCGCUAAACUCGCUGACUGACGAGCUAUACACUUGAGGGAGCUGCGCCCGGGCGAGGCUUGUGUUGCAGCUUUCUCUCUCUCUGCGUUGCAGAUGGGUCAUCGACGAGAUGACUAAUUACUACUUGUAACGAGUGUGUGGUUCGUGAUCCGGGUGAUGGUGUUUCAUCAGUAGCCAAGUGUGACGGGCCAAUAUAUGUAGUGAUCGCAAAUACAUUGUUCCAGUUCUUCAAGAAUUAGAGACAUACGCUCUUCCCCUAGGAGGUUAUGAGUAUUCAAAGCAGUCUGAUCCAAGUCUGUGUGUAUUUAUAUGCGUAGAGUCGAACCCGUACAGAACU